CUGGGGCAGGGGAGAGCGGCUUCGGAUUGCAGGGAUAAGGAAGGAGGCCCCCGGGCGACGGGGCCAGGGGAGGGUACACUCGGGUGGUGGGGGUGGCUGAGAGGAGGGAGGCUUCGGACGGAGCACGGAGGAGCAAGUCCUCCCCUAGCCUGACGGGCCAUCUAACUGGCUGGUUCCCAAGGUGCCUGUCACCCCACGGCGGCACAGAAACUCUCCCGUCGGCUGGAUUUAAUCAUUUCCUGCUCCACAUUCCCUUUAAACGAGGCCGCAAGGAGACAGAUUGCGAUUGGCUAGCUCGUGCCCCGGGAAGCGGCACAAUUGGCUAAAGCGCCGGGCCUCCGGCAGCAUGCCCCCACGGGAUUGGCUGCAUCUCUCCAGGGCCCGCCUCCCGCCCAGCAGCCCUGGUCGGGGGGAGGGGCCGCCGGGACCUCGGGUCCGUGAGCGCUUCCAGGAACAUGGCGACAGCGAGCCUCGCUCAGAUUCCUGAUGUAGACAUCGACUCCGACGGCGUCUUUAAGUACGUGCUGAUUCGAGUCCACUCGGCACCUCCCUCCGGUGCCCCAGCUGCGGAAACCAAGGAGAUCGUGCGCGGCUACAAGUGGGCAGAGUACCACGCGGACAUAUACGACAAAGUGUCCGGUGAGAUGCAGAAGCAGGGCUACGACUGUGAGUGUCUGGGCGGAGGGCGCAUCUCUCACCAGAGCCAGGACAAGAAGAUCCAUGUGUAUGGCUACUCCAUGGGCUACGGUCGUGCCCAGCACUCUGUCUCAACUGAGAAGAUCAAAGCCAAGUACCCUGACUAUGAAGUCACCUGGGCUGAUGAUGGCUACUGAGGCCCCCAGCCCAAGACCUGCUACCUCCAGCAGCCAAGUCAGAACUCUGCUCUUGCCGGGGGUUGGCCUUGCCCUUCCCUUCUGUAUCCCUGGUAAUAUGCCAUCCCACCACAGACCAGCCUGGCCCCUGUACAUUAAAAGCUUUGUUGUGCCUGCCA